AUGACAGGCACGCUGCUCUCGGGCGAUGGCCUGGUGGAAGCCGAAAAUCGCCUCAACUCAGAGAUUGAGGAGUGGCGCAUAGAGUACCUCCAGGACACCGAGAAGAGGUUCGGAUCGCAGCACUCGGUGCAGAUGGCCCAUCCCAGAAGGCCGCGUCACGUGUGCGCGACGCAGGCGGCGGCGGCGGUUGUGGCUCACAGCUUCUUCGUGGCCAUGUGCGACAACAGCUGGCCUCGGCCUUCAGAGCCCUCGAUGAAGAAGAUCCAGCAGGAGGCGACAUGUGACAACUCCAUACUCUUGCAGCACAAGACCUCGCGACGCGUAGGCGAUGCAGGCUUGCAAAGCGUGCAGGAAGCUGCUUUGGCCCAGAGGCCGACCUACGGCUCACUGGAGGGGAUUGCGCUCGCAGACUUCGAUGGCGACGGUGUCCUAGAUCAGUUCCUUUGCAAUCACGACGACAUGCGUCCGAACGCCACGGCGGCGGAGUCCACGCAGCGCCUGCUGAAGGGCACCUCCUCCGGUGCCUUUGAGGAGGUGACGUCAAGCGCAGGACUCUUUGGGCAUCGCUGCAGCGGCGUUGCGGCCGCCGACGUCGACAACGACGGAGACACCGACCUGGUCACUGCUUUGUACCGCCAGCGCGAGGGCAGCUGCAAGGUUUGGCUGAAUGACGGCACCGGCUCCUUUACGGAAUUGCCUGGAGCCAUUGCGACUGCAAGUUGUCCCUUGUUUCCGGGCUCGGUUGCCCUGGCGGACGUCAACAACGAUGGGAAGCUCGAUGCCUACAUCGGCUCCUUCAAUGAUCUCCUUCCAAACCUGCCGAACCACCCGAGCUCCGUCCUCAUCGGGGAUGGAACCGGUAACUUUGCACUUGCAGAAGCCACGGGCGCAGAGUUUCCCGAGUUUCCCUGCGUUGCCAGCUUCAUGGACUUGGAUGAUGAUGGCGAUCAAGACAUUGUUGUUGCCACCUGCAACAAGCUUACCAACAACAGCGGGGCUACAGUCCCUAUUUUGACUCCUAUCUACAUCUUUCGCAACAACUUCUCUCAGUCUGGAAGGGUGGAGUUCGAGAACGAUGUGGCCGGCUUCGGAAUAGGGCUGCGCGUGGGGCUUUGGAUGAACGUUGCCUUCGGAGACUUGGACGGUGAUGGCUUGCUGGACAUUUUCAUGGGCCAGGCCGGGUGUGAGAUCCUGGAUGAGGUGGACUGCCCCCAAGUUCUUCGCCAUGCAAUGUUUCGGAACAAUGGAAACGGGACCUACACGGAUGUUGCAGAGGAGGCCGGCGUCGCAAUCCACCCCUUCAACUGGGGGGCCGCCUUCAUCGACCUUGAGAACUCUGGGACGCAGGAUUUGGUGACAGUGGGAAAGCUCCCGCUGAUUUCAGGGCCCGUCUCUGUGAACCUGGGAACAGUCUACCGCAACGAGGGCUCCUUUCCAUGGACGCUGCUGGACCCCUGGGACAUUGUGGUGCAGGAUUUCGGUCCUACCACUCCACCUGCAGGACCAGAAGAGAGUGCAGCCGUGAUGCUCCUCAAUGUCAACAAGGCCAAGGACCCUGACAACAAGUGGCUGAAGGUGACGUUGUGGCCAGAUGGGUCGAAGCAGAUCAAGAAGCUGCGCGGACGGAUGCAGCAAAACGCUCACGUGCAA